AUGCCCUCCAAAUCCUCCAGCAAGAAGGCGUCCGGCUCCGGCUCCGGCUCCGGCUGCUGCUGCUUCUCUAUCCGCAAGUUGACCUUCCUGGCCAUCUUCCUCGCUCUGUUCAGCGCCGUCUACAGCUACAUCAACGCGCGCCUCGAGCAAUUCUACAUCUUCGAUCCUGAGCAUCUGCACGAUCUCUCCCAGCGCGCUAUCAAGACCCAUGGCGAGGACACUCGUUCUAUCGUCAACUACAUUGUUGCCGAGUUGGAGGAGAAGGUUGGAGCCGAUUACCUGAGCACCGAGGAGGAGUGGGUUUUCAACAACGCCGGUGGUGCCAUGGGCGCGAUGUACAUCAUCCAUGCCAGUAUCACCGAGUACCUGAUCAUCUUCGGCACCGCUAUCGGUACCGAGGGUCACACCGGUCGCCACACCGCCGACGAUUACUUCAACAUCCUCUCCGGUACCCAGUUGGCCUACGUCCCCGGUUCCUUCGAGCCCGAGGUCUACCCCGCUGGCUCCGUGCACCACCUCGUCCGCGGUGAGGUCAAGCAGUACAAGAUGGACUCUUCCUGCUUCGCCCUCGAGUACGCUCGUGGCUGGAUCCCUCCCAUGCUUUUCUUCGGCUACGCCGAUACCUUCUCCAGCACUCUGGAUUUCCCCACUCUGUGGGCUACCUCGCGCAUCACUGGUCGUGAGAUGAUCGCCAACUUGCUGCGCCUGAAGAUGUAA